ACGUUGGGAAGGGGAGAGGGGACAGAAGCGACUGCACGGCCGCCUGCGGUGAGGGCUUAGCAGACGGGUUAAUGGUGAAGGGUUUGCUGAUGCCGAGAGCAGGCAGCGGAAACGCGAGAAGUGAUUGUGGGUCCUGCGUUGGCUUGUCCUCCCCUAGAUCAGAGCCUGUCGCGGCGAAAGAGACUCAGGGCAGGGGCGCCUCUGCCCCCACGUGCGGAGCCGCCUCCCGGAGGAGCCCCAUGGACGAGAAGCCGUCCGCCAGGAGAGGGAGCCCCACUGAGUUAUGGGCCAGAAAUUAAGCCCAGCGAUCAGCGAGUCCUAGGACAUAAGGAAUGGAAUGGGUCUGAAAAAGUCAUUUUAUAGAAACCCUCAAUGCGUGCAUGAAUUCCUGCGAUGGUAUCCUUGCCAGGGAGCUGGCUGUGUGUGUCCCCUGAGCUGGGAAUCUCCAGGAAUAAGGAAAUAAUUCUUUUCCAGGCGGCCCAUCCAAUCCCUGAGCCACCUGGCCAUGAAUGAGGAUUUCUUCCACAACGCAGGGUGUCCCCCCAAAAUGCACACACACGCUAACAUAUUCAAAGUGCGUAGACAUUUUUGGGGGGACACCCUGUGUUCUCCUCUAUUUCCUCCCAGGUUCUCUCUUGUUUCUCUUUAGUCCAAAUUCUCCAAAUAUGCAAAAAUAUUUACGCUCAGGUGCGUGAAGACGCUGGGUUGGGUAGAGCAUCGGCCUGAUACCCCACGGUGGCCGGUUCGGUCCCCUUCAGGGCCCAUGCAAGAGCCGGCCUCUGAGCGCACCCAUAAGGGUCACGGCAAACCGGUGUUCCCCUCUCUCUACAAACAAAUUAAAAAAAUGCCCAAAAAGAAGACCCUGGGUGUGUGACUAGCUUCAUUCGAAGGCAGCCGGCUGUCUAGUCGAAACUUCCAAGAUUUUUUUGGCCCGGAUGUCUGCUCCUUGCGCUACGGGCUGGCCGUGGUCAUGCACCUCUCCAACCUCAGCAUGAUCACCCAGCGCGUCAGCCUCAGCAUCGCCAUCAUCGCCAUGGUCAACGGCACCCAGCAGCCCGCCCCGGCCAACGCCUCCGCGGACCGCCCCCUCCAGGACCCCAGCGGGCCCAUCGGGGAAUUCCACGCAGGGUCCUCCGUCUACGCAUGGAGCCCCGAGACCCAGGGCAUCCUCUUCAGCUCCAUCAGCUACGGGAUUUUGCUGACUCUGAUCCCCAGCGGAUACCUGGCGGGGAUAUUUGGUGCCAAGCACAUGCUGGGGGCGGGGCUGCUGGCCUCCUCCCUGCUCAGCCUCUGCACGCCGCUGGCCGCUGACCUGGGCGUGAGCUUGGUGAUGGUGAUUCGCGUCGCCCAGGGCAUGGCCCAGGGAAUGGCAUGGACAGGUCAGUUCACCAUCUGGGCGAAGUGGGCGCCCCCGCUGGAGCGCAGCAAGCUCACCAGCAUCGCGGGCUCCGGGGCCGCGCUGGGGUCCUCCCUCAUCCUCUGCGUCGGGGGGCUCAUCUCACAGGCCCUGGGCUGGCCCUUCAUCUUCUACAUCUUCGGUGGCCUGGGCUGCGUGUGCUGUCUGCUGUGGUUCACCGUCAUUUACGACGACCCCAUGGGUCACCCGUGCAUAAGCCUCCGCGAGCAGGAGCACAUCGUGUCCUCGCUGGCUCAGCAGCCCACGUCCCCUCGACGCUCCGUCCCCCUCAAGGCCAUGGCCCGCUGCCUGCCCCUGUGGGCCAUCUUCUCGGGGUUCUUCAGCCACUUCUGGCUCUGCACCGUCAUCGUCACGUACCUGCCCACCUACGUCAGCUCCGUGCUGCACGUCAGCAUCAGGGAGAGCGGGGUCCUGUCCGCCCUGCCCUUCGUGGCUGCCUCCACCUGCACGGUCCUGGGGGGCCAGCUGGCCGACUUCCUUCUGUCCCGGGACCUCCUGGGGCUCCUCACCGUCCGGAAGCUCUUCUCGGCCCUGGGCCUCCUGCUCCCGUCGCUCUGCGCCGUGGCCCUGCCCUUCGUGGCUUCCAGUUACAUGACCACCGUGGUUUUGCUGAUCCUCAUUCCCGGGACCAGCAACCUGUGCGACUCGGGGUUCAUCAUCAACACCUUGGACAUCGCCCCCAGGACUCCGCGUCCGGGUGGAGGCACGUCUUCUUCCUGGCUGCCGCCGUCAACCUGUUCGGCCUGGUGUUCUACCUCACGUUCGGGCGGGCGGAGCUCCAGGACUGGGCCAAAGAGAGGACCCUCACGCGCCUCUGAGGGCCCCAGCGCAGACGUCGAUGUGGGACGCGGGCCGCCCGCUUCUCAGCGUUUUCUUACUCGUCUUCACUCUUCACGUUCUUCUCUUCGCGGCCGGCUCCGCAGGUCACACCUCCGAGUGAGAGUCAGACUUUCCUGGGGAGCCUCUGAAACAGGCGGACGUGUGGGCGCCGCUCCGAGAGCCCGAGCGCAUGGGUCUGGGGAGCGCCCCGACAUCAGUGAGUCUUAGACACUCCCCGGGGCUCUCACCCAGCCAGGCCGGCAACAGCUGGACACGCUUGUAACACCAAUUCCCCUGCCUUUGUUUUCUGUUUUGGUUUUUUUAAAUGUAUUUGUAUUGAUUUCAGAGAGGAAGGGAGAGGGAGAGGGAGAUGGAAACAUCAUCGAUGAGAGAGAA